UUAGCCGAGGAUUUCAGAGUCUUCAAGACGGCAAACAAGUUACGAACUUCAGAUCCAAGAAAAAGACCUGGAAAAAAUGACCGUGUACGAAUGUCAGCUUGCACAACGCAGGCGACGAUAAACCCGCAGAAAUAUAAUGGUUGAGGAAUUCAUUUUUCGUCCUUUUUCCUAGUCGAAGAGUUGGACUGAGUCAUGCUGAGGAAACGGGUGCUGUCAAGCACAAAGACCCUGGGGGAUCCCUGCAUGAUUCCAGGCUCACAGCAGGACAGAGACACUCCCAUUUCUGCUGAACAUGGCAGCCCUUUGGAGCUCCACAUCCCUCAGUCAGAGCCAUCCCCUGCCCCUCUGGCUCAGAGUGCCUACCCAGCCACCACCUCAUCCAGGGUGGCUAAGAUAGGCCUGGAACAGAGCAGGAGCCCACAAGUGAUUGGUAAAGAGAUGGGACACAACACAACAGAAGACAUCAGGAAACCACACACUUCUGUUCACAGACAUGGAGUCGCUCUCAAGCCAGCCAUAGUUCAGUCUGUGGGGACAGCUAAAGCAGUGUCCAUGUCUUUGAGACCCACACCUCCUUCCAAACCCAGGUCCAGGACUUCUGCACUGGCAGAGCCUAAACAGAAGCAUGCCCUAGGGAAAUGUGUACCCAGUGCAGGUCCACAGAGAAUGGAAUUGCUCCAAGGCUUUGUGGCACUUAAGUCAGCCAGUGAUGAGGGCAUAAUGAGUGAGGGGUUGCCCUUGAGCCAGACUGAUGGAUGCCUCUGGCCAAAGGCCAGUAAGAGAAAGAGGCUGCCCAAAAAGGAAGCUCAAGUUCCUAUUCACUCAGAAUGGGCAGCAAGGAUCCAAAAGGGUGCUGUGGUGCCUGGCUGCACCCAUGUCAUCAAAACUACCUCUGAACUACUAGAGGAAGCCGAGUACAUUUCUGGGACCAGGCCUGGGGGAAAGGGGGAAGUAUAUUUGCUGCAGAUGCCACCAGAGGAGAUGCUGUCGGUUGACAAUGAACUGGUGCAAGACAGCAGAAUUAUGGAGCAGGAGGAGAUCAUCGUACAGGUAACUACGGAGCCAGUGGAGAAAUUCCUGGAGGUCACAAAUGCUGACUCAAGUGAGCAGUCCUUAGGUAAGAAGCAAGUCUCCGGGCAGCAGCCAUUGUGUCAUGAGGACCAGUAUUCAUCUAAGUCUGCCCCACAAAGUUCAGCGCUGUUUGCAGUCCACAAUAUGGCUGACCAUAUCUCUGAAAGUUAUUCUGUCACCUGCUCACAUGAUGACACCAGCAAAGCUUCAACAGUCCCGCAAGAGAUGACUUAUACAGAUAUAAUGGCUGUGAGGGGAAGCACCAUAGUGCCAUUUCAGAGACCAGACCGAGUGUCCCAGCAUUGUGGGCUACAAAGCCUUUCCUUCCUGGCAACCUGGAUGCCCAAAACCAAUGCUGAGGAGUAUAAAACCAUCCACCACCUCUGCGUGACUCCAACCUGCCAGGCCCUGCCAUUGGAGCUGCAGCUGGCUUCACAAGUGUGUCAUGCUCCUGGCAGGCUGCCUUCAUCAUGCUUUUUCUACCAGCAAAAGGCUGAAAGCCAUCACAAGUCUGACCAACCAGACAGACACAGUACUUUAUGUGAAGGCCAUCCCUGUGCUGAUGUCCACAGAAGAGCACAAGAAGCCCGUGUCCCUCUGCUGCCUUCCAGGCCUCCAGAAACCCUGUCUGAAUGGCAGAAGGCUGCUGAAUUCUGUGUGGAGGGGCCACGGAUGGUGAUUCAUGGGCAGCUGGCAUCCCUGUUCGCCAGUGAAACAAAGAUGUUCUGGAACCCUGCUCCUCCCAAAUUUGCCUGCACUCCCUCCUUCAUAAGAGACAAACUCUUUCCAAAGUACCAGAUGACUCAUAAUGAUCUGGCCAAUGAGGAGCUACAUGGUGACUUGCAGGAAGGACAUGAGACAGCAUGUGGUGCAGAGCAGUACGCUUCAUUGGAGAAGGUGCUGUCCAGGCAUUGCAAAUCCAUGACAGAUCUGACCAUGGAGGAGGUGUCACCAAAGGCUUCUUGCAGGAGCAGCCCCUGUGUUCUGAGGCCCUGGUCUUCUCCACUCCUCAGCUCAGGGGACAGGGUGACAUUAAAGGUUCCGGCGGACUUCAGGACCGUGGCACGAGAGCUGGAGGAGGCCCGGCAGCAGCUGUCUGCCUCGGUGCCUACAGAGGACAGCCCUCUUGCAACGAGCAUAGUCAGACAACAGGGGGAGCACUUGCGAAACACCAUAGUCAACCAAAGGAGAAAGAGGGGAAGGAUGAGGAAAGUCCCCAUGGAGCCUGCCAGGAGUGUGGGUGUGGCUAAAAGCAGGGGUGGGAAGAAUCGGAGAGCCGCCCCACUGGCGUGUGCCCAGGACAGGCUGCAGGAGCCAGAGCAAAGACUUUACAGGAGCCAGUCACUUCAGCAGCUCCCAGGCAGAUGGGGACCUGCCCAGUGCUGCCAGUCUUCCCCUGCUGCUGGAUUCAGAAUGCUUUGCUGCCAGGAGUGGGAGGAUGAGUGGGUGUUUGAGUGCAGUGCCAGGACGAAUAUCCCAGGGAGGCAGACUCCACCUCCAGACCCCCCUUGGCCAGUCCAGACGCUCCAUGUGAAAGUGGCUCCAGGCUCGAUCCAGACCCUGGAUGAGGUGGACCUCUCGCAGACGCUGGGCGGGGCUGUCACUGUUGCCGCCCUGGAGGCCGAAGUGGCUGAUCUCACUCGUGCUAUGGCAGAAAAGGGCUCGGCCAGCGCAUUUGAUCUGUGUCGCCGGGGUGCGCUCAACAAGAAACUGGGUCAUCUGAGUCUGUCACUAGAGGACCUUAAUUCGGCGAUCUCCCUUGAACCCUUUCUGCUGGAUGCUUACUGGCACCGACACAGCAUUUACCUCCUGAGGAAGGACUCCCUCAGGGCUUUACAGGACCUCGACUUCAUCACUAAGCACAACAACCAACAUUCAGAGGCAUUCAAGUCCAAAGCAGAAAUUUACAGAGCCAAAGGCGAUACCACGCAGGCCAUACUAAACUACACUCAAGCAAUCAAGUGCCAGCCAGAGGAUGAUGAGAACUACUUCAGGAGAGCAAAAAUGUUCGAAGAGAAGAAUGAGAUUCUGUUGGCAAUGGAGGACUAUGCCACUACAUUCACCAUAAACCCAGGGAGGACAGAUGCACUGCUGACCUACAGCCUGCACCACGUUCACACCUGCAGCUGGGAAAGGGCCCUGGAGAACCUCAGCCUGCUGCUGGAGCAAGCUCCUCACCACGCCACGGCCAGGACCUACAGAGGGAUAGCGUUUGUCAAGCUGGGAAAGCUCCAAGAGGCUGUAGAGGACUUCGCUGUGGCACUUCACCUUGACCCAAACAACUGGCAGGCCUUCUACCACCGAGGCUGUCUGCUGAGGAAGAGCAUGCCGGAGCUGGCACUCAGAGACCUCAGCACCUCUGUGCUCAUCAACCACAGUGUGGAGAACCUCAGGGCGUUCCUUCACCGUGGCCUGUUGUAUGCGGAGCUCAAACAGUGGCAGCAGGCUGCUUCUGAUUUCAAGGCUGUGAUCAAGCUGGACAGUUCUGCAGCAGUGGCCUAUGUGAGUCUGGGAUUGGUCUACAUGCUGAAGAUGGGUCAGAACCAGAGGGCCAUCCAAAUGUUCACCAAUGCCCUGAAGAGCGACCCCACCUACAUCAGGGGCUACAUCUGCCGUGCCCAAGCCUACCACAGGGUGAACAAGCUCCAGAGGGCCCUGAGGGAUCUGACCAGUGCAAUUCACAUGAAGCCAGACAUGCAGAACCUUUACAUCAUGAGGGGGCAGUACUUGUGUGAUAUGGAGCACUUUGAACUGGCCACAUUCUGUAUCCACCAUGCAGCGGAGAUGAACAAAGCCCUUGGAUCAUCUCCGAUCCAGCAGGCUGCUGUUCAGUCUUUCCUUGGGAAUAAGAUGAAGGCCAUCACCUGCCUGGUGGCUGCCAAUGACGCGUGCCCUGCCCUACCCUACCUCCUUCUUUUGGGGAAGACCCAGAUGAAGGCCCAGAAGUUUACGGAUGCAGUGAAUAGCUUCAGAAAAGCAUUGACCCUCCUGUGCCUGAACAAGACCAGCCUGUCCAGUGAUUCCCAGGCUGCAGAGAUUCUCUAUUUGACUGGGUUGUGCUAUGUGGCCCAGGCCCAACUUUUGCAGGAUAAGGCCCUCUUUCUCCUGGCUCUGGAUGCCUUCAGCAGUGCAGUGAAGCUCAACCAUAAUUAUGCAGAUGCUUACCACCAACGUGGCAUCUGUCGCAUGCACCUGAAACAGCCCAAGAGCCUUCAGGAUUUCAACCGUGCCCUCUCUCUUCACCCCACCCACUUCCAGGCCUAUCUUAGCCGGGCAGCCCUCUUCGGAGCUGAGGGGCGCUAUGCUAAGGCCAUUCUCAACUGCAACGAGGCCAUUCUGAUCCAGCCCUACAGUGUGCGAGCAUACCUGUACAGAGGGGUGUUCAAAUUCCACAUGAAGGGGUACAGAGGUGCUGUGCAGGAUCUAACCAUGGCAAUUAACAUUGACAGCACUUGCUCUUUUGCAUUUUACAACCGUGGAGUGUGCUAUCAGCAGCUGAAGGAAUAUGAACUGGCCCUGAAGGACUACAGUAUAGUCCUACUUCUUGCCAGCAGAAAGGAGAUUGAUCUAAAAGUACUGAUCAAUCGGGGACUUCUGUACUUGGAACUGAAUGACUAUCACAAUGCCCUCCAGGAUUUCAAAGCUGCCUCUGGAAAAAGCCCAGGAGAUGCCACCAUCUAUCAUGCCUUGGGUGUCCUCCAUCACAGGCUUGGCCAACUGCAGGAGUCGACUGAGGCCUACACUCAGGCACUGCAACUCAACCCCUUCUUCCUGGAUGCCUACGUGGGGCGAGGCAAUGCUUCCAUGGACUACGGUCAUGCCCAGGCCAAUAAGCAAGCCCAGAGGGACUUCCUGUCUGCCCUCCACCUCAACCCCCUCUGCUCCUCAGCUCGCAUCAGCCUGGGCUACAACCUCCAGGUUUUGGGGUCCUUCCAGAAGGCAUGGAAUCAGUUCACUGUGGCAGUGGACAUCCAUCCUGGGUCCUGGGUAGCGUUGGAUGGACGGGCCGUCAUCAGUCUGCAAAUGGGACACACAUUCGCAGCUUUCCAAGACAUGAGCAACGCACUGAGGCAAAAUCCUGCUUCACAUCAACUGUAUACCAACCGUGGAGUUGUGAAUGAAUUAAUGGGAGACAAGGUCAAUGCAAUGAGAGACUACCAGAAGGCCAUCUCCCUGAACCCCAAAUUUGCCCUGGCCUACUUUAAUGCUGCAAACCUUUAUUUUCACAAUAGGCAGUUUUCACAGGCCUGUGAGUUCUAUGACCAAGCUUCUGAGCUGGACCCUGCUGACGAGUCAGUGCUGCUGAACCGGGCCAUUACCCACGCACUGCUGCGGCAGAUUCCGGAGGCUCUUCGGGACUUUUCAGAGGCAUUGAGGCUCAACCCCUUCUCCUCACACGUGUUCUUCAACAGAGCCAACCUGUACUGCUCCCUAAAGAAAUAUGACUCCGCAGAGAGAGAGCUCACUGAAGGUACUCCCUCUUUGGUCUCUCUUUGGUCUACUUUGGUGUAUGCAGGCUAUUCAGUGUUCAUUUUGUAUCUAAAAUAUGAUUGUCCAUAUUCUCUGUCUCUGACAGUAACAAAUGUAGUUAUUCUACAUCAAUGUUAUGUUAUUUUUCUAGCUCUCCAUUUUCAGCCUAACAAUGCUCUGGCAUACAAGCUUCGUGCAGAUGUCCGUGGUCACUUGGGCUUGACAGAGCUGGCAAUUUCAGACUACAAGAUGGCACUGCAACUGCAAGAGGCCCAAGAACACUGAGGGGCUCAUGUCCCUGCGAUGGUCUUUCUUCCAGGAUCCCCAUGGCAGACAAAAGGCUCAAAAUGGACACAUUCAAAACAUUAUCCAUCUAUUAUUAUCCAUCUGUCUUGCGGUCCAUCAAUUUGGAUGUGUGUUUUUAUAGGGAUAGCUCACAAUUGGCCUAGAUGGAGUUUUUGCACAGUGAAAGUAUAUUAGAUACUUAUAUGUUUCUGACGACCAGCUGGCUUCACAAUGGCUGUUAUGGGAUAUUCAGGGGUUUGUGGUCUAAAGCAAGAAAAUACACCUCAUGUAACUGCAGAGAAGCUUGUAAAAUUAUUGUAUGCCUCCAGAGAUUUUAUAUGAGUAUAUUAUUAAAUUUUGUUUCUUCUGGAAAUUAGUUUUAAUAAACUUCUCAGUUGGAACAAUUUACUAUGGCUUAUCAAACCUGAGACCACUGCACUCAAGGAAACAAGUGACAGCGUGAUUUAAAAACUAAUAUUUAUGUUUAUUAUGGUGAAUAAAUGCAAUUAAAUCAAUCAAUUUGGCCUCUGAAAAUAUGUUACAAUACAAAAGCUGCAUUGAAGUUACUUGAAGAGUAUAUUCUUGCUUUAGACCACAAAUUACUUUUGAUCAUGAUUUAGAAAAGAAAUACUGAGACAUGUUUGCAAUUAAAAAAGCUACUACUUUUACAAUGUUUAUUUCUUCUUGAGUUCUUUUGGUCUUCUUAGCCAAUGGAAUCAUUGUUCACUACAAUACACAAGUAUUUAUUUAUCCUUUAUUUUAAAUUAAGUUAAAUAAAAUAAUAUGUAAAAUAAAAUUAUAUUUGACAAGGGGACCUGACAAUCGCUCAGAUUUCAGGCAUUUUGCUGUUAUUCAAAGAUGAACAUGAACUGCAUUAAUGAAAGAAAGGAGCUGCCCUACAAUGCUGUGUAACUGCAUAUUAUGCAUUCUCAUUGCUGAAAUUGAGCUUGUUUUUUUGAUAUGACCCAUUAUUUGCACUGAAAUGUAAAUCGCUUUCACAACUGGGGACAGCGUGGUGGUGUAGUGAGUAGCACUGUCGCCUCCCAGCACGGAGGUCC